AUGAUCUCGAAUCCGCAGCAAGCAAAGGACUCCCCGCCGGCACCGCAACGCAGGCACUAUGUCUUUGCAGACCCUGUGGCUUUUAGGUAUCUCGAGGAGGACUCUGCCACCGUGGUGAUCGAACGACGAGGGAAGUUGCAGGGCUACGAGUUAUAUCUUGUUGAACAAUGGGCGUGCUCGAGAGUCCAUCCCACCUUUGUUAUCACAACCUAUACGGGCGAUGCGAAUCAUAAUGUUAUUGUAGGAGUACUGGGAGUUCCUACAGAUGAGGAACAAUGGUCGCCGAGGCUACGGGUUUACUUCAAGGCUAUUUCCCAAUACCAUGCCAGACCCAAGGACACACCUCUGGGCAUGAUCAUGGUUACGAAUCUCAGCAGCUUCCCCUCUGCCCUAACUGUUAUACCGGUGCCAGAUGGAGAUGUCAGGAAACAUCGGGAGGACUUCAUUGUCAACGAGGAUCUAAAGAGACUUGGUUGUUCGGGGAGAUCUGGGAUGAGCUUGUCCACACCGGCUGGAGCUACGCAGGCCAAGUUCUUCCAACUAUAUAAAACCAGUGAUCGAAUACCUCUAUACGGAGCUGUCCUCGAACUUGUCAAACUGUGUCAGGUGGCAUUAAUGAUAUUUGGGAAGCUGGAACAGGAGUACGCUGAUGGGUGUCUAUGCGAUGUCACCGAGAAGGCUAUAAAUGACUGGUGGACAGAAAUCGGGUCUGAAUACUAUAACGUUGAACCUACGGACGGGAUACUGGGACCUACCACAGUUGCAGCAUUGCUUGGCAUGUUGAUGGGAGCUCGGAAUCGCCUGAAUUAUUAUGGAGCCCCGGUUGCCAAAGAUGCUUUCGACGUGUACAGUCUGAAGCGUGGAAUUGCCUAUUUUCAGAAGUCACAGAAAAUACAACGAACUAGAAGGUUGGAUAGAUACACCUUAGAUCGAUUACACCGAGUUACUGCAAAAGCUGCAGCAGGUGAGGGAUGGGCUGUGCCAAAGGCUGUCAAGUCAACUGUGGCUGAGCUGAGUGGAAAAGGAGGGGAGAUGGUAAUGGGUAUGGUUGGGAGGGACAAAGCUGGGAUUGGUGAUAUUGAGACUCUUGACAUUGAUCGAUUCGUCAGUUUAGUCCACGGCGAAAGGGCGAAAUGGCUGUGGUAUGGGAAACCGAGGAGAAGUGGAGAGCCAUCUGGUAAAUCGGAUCCCGAUUCAGGAAACCUAUCUUUUACCAAGGACGAGCAAGGAGGGUAUAUAUGGUCGCAUAGCAGGGUUGAUUCGAAUCCCCCAGACGAUGAUGUCGAAGUCCGCCGGAAAGAGAAGGAGGUCCACAGUUCAGACGCUGUUUAUUCUCAGCGACCCCCUGGAUCGGCAACCAGCAUGCUAGAAAGCCCAGGCGAAAAGGAUCCUCAUCUUCGGAAAACGGUGUUCAAAAGUGUGACUGGCAAAAUGAGUGAUGCGAGGUCAGGAUUUGGUCGCAUUAAAGACCGCGCUGUUGGUCGUCGUGGUCAUGCAAGUAAGCAUUCAAAAGAUGAAGGCGAUGGAGGCUACUUCAGUCCAACCAGUGCAACCAGCGCAAUGGUACUUUCUGCUAUAGGUCCUGCCAGUCCAACUAUUGGUAGAGCCUUCACCUGGAAGAACACCCCCGAAGACUACCAGAACGGCAUAUUGAAGGGAAAAGAAACGCCCAAGAAUUCCAAUGCAACGACCUUCCAAGGACCUGAAUCAUCUCUGGACAUGCCUUCGCCAACGAUAGAGGAACCUCCGAAAGAGGAUGGAGCUGAGACCAAAUGGCUGGAGCAAGUAAAGGAUAUUCGGGAGAGUAUCAUCAUCAACGACCCAUCAAUAGCUGGAUCAGUAUAUGGGGAUGGAGAUCUCGAUGGUCCCUUACUGGAAGCAGUGCGGGAACCAAACAACUUCCAAAUCCUCCUCCACCGACGGCACAGCAUCUCAGGAGCCUCCCCAACAACAGAACACCACCGCAACGACGCUUGGUGGCCGCGCCAAAUGUCCUUCACAGAUGCCGAAGACGCCGUGCUGGGCUGGGAACCCAUCGACGCCGUCUCCGACGAUGGCUCCGAAAACGACAUGUGGGUAGCCCUGCAAAAGCAGAAAUGCAUCGCCGAAGACUUUCGGCGAUUAUACGAGAAGAUCAUUGACCUGCAAGACGAGAUCGCGCCAUGGGUGUCCAAGAAAGUCGAUGACGUGGACGCCCUGGACGAGCAAGCAGCUCGCGACAUCGAGACUUUCCAGACACGGUAUUACCAACAAACUGAAUCGUAUCAGGCCGUCAAGCAGAAUUCCCAGGAUAUUCUAGGGGAUGAGAGGAGCCAUGUUAUGGAAGCUAUCAAGGAUAUCGAGGUCCUGGGCGCGAAGUUGGAGUAUGAGAUUAAUGCAUUGGUGUCUAAAGUGCAGGAUGUCGAGGACGGCACGGCACAGUUUGAGAGGAUGGUCGAGGAGCUGGAAGGCCGCGCGGAUGAGCUGGAGGUUCAACUUAGUACGGAGAGUUGGAUGCAUUGGUUGGUUAGGAGCGUUACGGGAAUUGGGACGGGGCCGAAUAUUACAAGACGGGGCAGGGCGAUGGAGGAGAGGAGGGGAUCGUUGGGAAUGGAGGGGUGA